AUGGGGCUGUGGUAUUCUUAUUCCUCUUUCUUAUCCUUCCUCUUUCUCAUCAUCUUGCCUGUGUUGGCGGACGUCUCGGUGCUGCCCACCAACAAUACACACGAUCUGGCCUGGUCCAGCUCCGCGAGCUUCCGCAUCCAGGGUUCCAGUCCACUCAGCGGUCACUACCUCGCCCCAUUGACGAAUUACCUCGCCAAUUUAUCUUCUAGCCAGGCCCAAGGUUUUAACGUCGCUGGCACGUUCGCUGAGGUGACUGCCACUAACUCUCUGGGCAAUCAUAGCACCCAGAUUGCGUGUAUUCCUUGUGACGACUCUUCUGUAAACUAUCCGGGAGAGUUGGGUGUCGACCAGACAGUCCAAAGUGUGAUUACCGCUGCCCAGCCUGCUGCAGCCAUCAUCCUCUACAGUACAUCUGCUACGCACUGCAGCUUGUCCACGAAUGAUCAAGCCGAGGCAUAUCGCUAUAUCUUCACGUUCAACGAUUCCACUGCUGUCGCUGCCCUCAAUCAAACCUUGACCACCGCUGCCAACAAGACUGCCACCAUCGUCCCAAUGUCGUAUCCAACCACCACGACGGUUGAUACCAGUGCCAGCGGCACUGGUGAUAGUCCCAACACAGCGAUGAUUAUCCUGUAUAGCAUCACAGGUAUCAUCACAGCCCUGUUCCUGGGCAUCAUCAUCACCGGCGCCGUCCGCGCUCACCGUCAUCCCGAGCGAUAUGGGCCUCGCCGGAUCGCCGGCCGACCUCGGCAAAGUCGAGCAAGAGGUAUAGCACAAGCCAUGCUUGACACCAUCCCCGUCGUCAAGUUUGGCGAUGACGAAGCCGUCGAUGCCGCCAAGCGGGACGUCGAAAUGGCCAACGCGGAUGAUCCCGCCCGCGAGCAUUCCCCUCCCCGCUCGGAUAGCAUCUCCGACAUCGGGCCGACACCACGCGAGUCCGAACUACCAACCAACAAGCAUGCGGUCACCGAACAGCCAGUCCCGACUACCACGACUGAAUCGAAUCCCAAUGCUGCCCCAGAUGGUGGUAACUUCUCCUGUCCCAUCUGUACCGAUGACUUCAUCAAGGGCCAAGACCUGCGGGUCCUCCCAUGCAACCAUCAGUUCCACCCAGAGUGUAUCGACCCUUGGCUUGUCAAUGUGUCCGGCACUUGUCCCCUUUGCCGCAUCGACCUCAACCCACCUAAACCCGAGGAGAAUGCCGAGGAAGGCGAGAUUGCCGACACACAAAACGCGGACAACGCAGCUGACGACACCACAACCGCAGCUGCCGCCGGCGCCCAAAGUAACAGACACUCCCACCGUCUAACAAAUUACCUCCACGGGCCCCUCAACGCCCGCCGCAUGCGCAAUGCCACCGUGGAAGAGCGUCUCGCCGCCCUCCGUCGCGUCCGCGAAGCCAACCAAGGCGAAGUCACCGGCGACGACGCCGUAACUCGACCAGCCCGCAACCGCCUAUCAACUCGACUCCGUGAUCGAUUCCGUAUCCGCACACGCGCUCACGGCGUCGAUACCACCAGCCCUGUCGAGAGUGGUGCGGCGACUCCCACCGUACCACCGGCUGCACACACCACCAACAACUAG